AUGCCGCAACAGGCCUUCUCACAGGCUGGUAUAGGCGGCUGCUCCCUGAUUAUUGGCGGGGGGAGGCGAAGAAUUGGUUGUUAUGGGGGGAAGAGAGAGAAUGACGGGUUGCUGGCCGGGAACAGAGUUGCUGCCAUUAUUGCCAAUUCCCCCCUUGCGUGGAUUCUGCUCGUGCUGGUAACAGUGAAGAUGAUGGUGAAGCUGACCCGGCUAGGACGGCGGGAGGACAUCAGGGAAAUUGGCUUCUGGGCGUCGCAGCGGCCGGAUUGGGUUACUCUGGAGGAUUCUAGCGAUGACCCGCCAAUCGCUCGGAGAAAAGAAAAAUCGCGCAUCCAAGGCGGGUCCAGGAACAGAAGUUGUGUAUUAUUGAAGACACAGACAGACAGACAAACAACAGUCCAGUACGAACUAGUCCACCCACAGUCCACACACACACACACAACCCACAACCCCCGGACGGGGAGCGGCGCAACUCGGCACCGCGAUGCCGGCCCAGCUUGGACAGUAAGCUAG